AUGAUUUUGUUUUGUGUUAUUAAUGAUGGCAUCAAUCGGUGUGCUAUUGAGCCGAAGAUCGACACGAAUUAUCUCACAACUCGUGUCCAGACAUGUGAACACUUGUUGCCGACAGAACUCGAGAUGUUUACGCAAACGAUGGCCAAAAAGUUUUGUCUCAACAAAACUCGAGAGUCGAUUGUGUUUAACCAGAAAUGUCUGAUCCAUUUGUCACCGAAACGGCACAACCCGUUGGUGGCCAUUGUCUUACGACAGGCGGCGAAGUUUGUGGCCGUUCUCACCGGAAGGGUUGUGAGGAAGUGGUGGCGAGAAUUGCCACCAAAUAAGAGACAAUUAGUGAUCCAAUGGUUCGCUCGACACAAAUGGAAAUUCUGUUUACUCUUGUUGUCAUCGGUUCUGGCGUUCGUCGCCUACUAUACCACUCAUUUGGUGGACACUCCCAUCACUGGCCGCAAGCGGUUCAUCGCUUUCACACCAAAACAACUCAAAGAAAUCAAUGAUUACGAGUUUGAGGUCCAGUUGGAGACCCAUAAAAACAAGUUAUUGCCGUCGAGUCACGAGAUGUCCAAACGGGUGGCCCGAGUGGCCACUCAACUGCUCAACGCGAACAACGAUUUGCCGCAAAUUCACGACAACGAGUGGUCCAUCUCUGUUGUGGACGACCUCAACAUUAAGAACGCGUUUGUGAUGCCUUCGGGACAGAUAUUUGUGUUCUCAGGAAUGCUCGCCAUUUGCGACAACGACCAGCAGUUGGGGGUUGUGUUGGCCCACGAAAUGGCUCACUGUGUCCUCUUCCACGGCGCUGAACUCAUAAGUCACGCACAUCUCAUCGAUUUGUUCUUCAUUUGUAUAAUUGGUAUAAUUUGGGCAAUACUUCCGACCGAUUGGACGGCCGCUAUAACGACGGGUGUCUCCCGUUUCAUAAUGAAUAUACUGCUGGACACGCCUUACAGCCGAAUGCUUGAGACCGAAGCCGAUAUCGUGGGCCUGGAGUUGGCGGCGAAGGCGUGCUUUGAUGUGCGCGAGACGAGUGCCUUCUGGCAUAAGAUGGCUAUCAUUGAGAGCACUGAAGGCAUUCAAUUCGCUUCCGAUGACAUCAAAAUACCGGUUAAAACUGAAUUCUUAUCAACACAUCCGAGCCAUGAGAAGAGGUAUCACUAUUUGGAUGAAAUCAUGGACGACGCCAUCAAAAUGAGGGACAAAUGCAAUUGUCCUCAACUCCCGAGACAUGACCCGAGACUCAACGUUGAGUUACUCAAGAAAAGCAUUGAAGACUAUCACAAGAAUAAGAGGAAAGAAGGGGUUCUUAUUCUACCCAAACCUCCCGUUCCUCCCAGUCUUCAACCAAAAACUUAA